UGCUCUGCUCCCUUGCCUUUAUUCACUGCAGCUUUGUAUUCACCGCGCCCUGGACAUAUAAACCGCCCAUUGUCCAAACAGGUCCACAUAAUAAGCAUUCGUUUUACGUCUGAUCCUUUAUUGCCAAAGACGUAGAUUGGGGAUCGUGGAUUGAAGCCGCUCGCUAGGUAUUCACGGAACGCCAUGUAUAUAACAACCCUGGUUCUGCUAUUUAUAGUAGUGGCAUUGUUGCUGCCGCGGUGUGCUCGUAUCCGACGUUCAAAGCACCCACUAUCCGUCAAUUACCACUUCACUAGACAAUGCAACAAGACUUGUGGGUUCUGUUUUCAUACCGCCUCCACUUCUCAUAUUGAAUCGAUCGAAAAUGCGAAGCACGGGCUUUCUCUGCUCAAAGAGGCAGGCAUGAGGAAGCUAAACUUCGCUGGUGGUGAGCCGUUCCUCUACCCUAAGUUUCUUGGAGAAGCGGUGGACUUUUGCAAGGAGGUUCUAUGCCUCGAAUCGGUGUCGAUCGUCACGAACGGCAGUCUCGUAAAAGAAACGUUCCUCGUCAAGCACGGCCAUAACAUCGACAUAUUGGCCAUCUCUUGUGACUCCUUCAACGAAGCCACAAACAAAGAGAUCGGCCGUGGCUCCGGGGAUCAUGUGAAAAGCCUUUAUCAAAUUCGAGAUCUAUGCAGGAAGUACGGUAUCAAGUUCAAAAUCAAUACAGUCGUUUGCAAACUGAAUUUUCAGGAAGAUAUGAACAAGUAUAUUGAAGAUCUGGCACCCUUUCGCUGGAAGUGCUUUCAGGUUCUGCUAGUCUCGGGCGAGAAUGAUUCGACCGAGACGAAAAGAGAUGCCCGCAAGUUUCUCAUCACAGAUGAAGAGUUUAACCUGUUCUGUGUUGUGCACCGACAGCAAAAGUCAUUUGUGCCAGAAUCUAAUACCCUCAUGGCCAAGUCGUACCUCAUUCUUGACGAGUACAUGAGAUUCCUGGAUCGGGAUGGUCGUCAGCCGUCAGCCCCCAUCUUGAAGGUUGGUGUCCGGAGAGCAUUGGAUAGUGUGUACUGGGAUGAAAAGAGCUUUGUAUCCAGAGGAGGGAUUUACGAUUGGAAGCGGGAUCAAGUUGCUUGUCCAAGUAUUCAUAGAGAUGUUGAAUGGUAGGCGCCUUUGCCUAUGAGAACCUUUUGUUCCUUUUGUUCCUUGUUUCUUUCUUUCACUUCAUUGUUUUAUUUUCUGAGGCAAUCGUUUCGGCCAUGGUUGACAAUUUGGAAAAUCAUUGCUUUUCCUUGGAGGCUAUUCACCCUAUUUCGGUUGUCCAUAUCUGUUGACGCGGAAGACAUUCACUAUCACUUUCAUA